CACUUUGCCUGAUGACGACCGCUUGUGUUGCGAUCGAAACGUCGUGAUUUGUUUUAUUUUAUUUGAACUACGUGACUUUACCGAAAGAACCAAAUAGUAUUAACAUCGUCUUGACUAUAUUUGUACCAAAUUCUGCUUCUCUAGCCCCUUGGAGUACAUCAGUUGAAUGGGCAUUAGCUGGAGGUCAAUCAGAAUAUUUAUUUAUACUGGAGAAAUAUGAUGAGCUAUAAAGCUCUUUUUCACAGAUGUCCAGUAGGGGCAAGGGGUAAGAACGUUGAGUGGCUGGGUGGCUCAGAGAUCUAAGUACGGAGCCGCGUUUGAAUCCAGGCAGUUGCCCGUGAUUAAACCAGGUUCCCAACGGUGGUGAGUUGAUGAUAUAAGUCCAGUCACCAAUAGCUGCGCCAAAAAACUAUCAUUAAAUUUGGUUCCGUUCAUAAUUUGGCAAAAUUCCAGAUCUGAGAAGAAAAAAUAUCAAUUUGACUGCCACGCGACGAACAUUCCUCUUUGUGGCAAGGGCAGCUGGUAAAGUGCUGCUCCCAACUGUGUCCGACAGAGAUCACGUGAAGGGAUCUCAGAGGUAGUUUCAUGAUAUCCAAUUCCGUGGGCUGUUCUAAAAUACGAAGGGUGUUACUGCUCUGAGAAAUCUCCGAGUGUAUUCUUCGUCUCGUGACAUGAUACCGAUAGCACAAUCGGGACAAAAUUGGGGGAAAAAGACUAAAACGAACUGAUGUUACUUAACUCAUCCACCAUCGUCUUGCAGACUAAUGAUGCCCACCGUCGCCCAUGUUGUAUUGCUCCGUCCCUGUGACAGCGCCAUGCCGAGCCUCCUGCCCUCGGCGCUGCUCCUCCUGGCUCUGAGCGCCCACUGCUGCAGCCUCUACUCACCGGGCCUCGCCACCACACCGCACCUGGGCAGGUGGCGGCAGCAGCACCGGCGACCGAGGGCGGUGACCUCACAGCAGCCCCCGGCUUUGCUCACGGCGCGAGGAGGACCACUGGGCGAGGGGAGCCCGGCGCCCGGCGAGGAGGGACAGAGCAGCGGGAAUAACGAGCCGGUGGAUGGUGGAGGCGGUGAGGCCGUGGGCGGGAGCUCAGCCGCAACCACGCUGGACCCCGGUCGCCCCCUUCGACCCGCGACCCCAUUAUUUAGUCGGCCGACCGAGUCAGGUGACGACCGCACGCCUCCUCCGCGCUUCGACCCAGCCAAUGACACCGAUGCUAACCAAAACAGCAGUAGAGAUGGCAGCAGCGAGGAGGGCAGCUCAUGGACAAGGCCCCUUGCCUGCUCCGCGCUGCCCGCCUUCACCUUCCUGUUCCUCUGGGGGCUCUUCAACUGCGCCAUCUUCGCGCGGCGCGGGGCGGUCGCCCCCGCCGCCGCCGCCGCCGCCGACGGCGACGACGGCGACCGUCUGCGCUGCUUCGCCGCAGCCGCCAACGCGCUCCUGCUCGCGUUCGCGGGCCUCCGCGUCGCCCUCACGGCGCUCGUGCUCUCGUCGGCCGAGCUGCAGGGGCUGAUCGCCAGCUCCCCGACGCCGCAGCUUCGCGGAGAAGCCCGCGGCGGCUUCUCCGCCGCGCUGGUGGCGGCGCUGAGCCUCCACGAGCUGGCACUGCCCUGCCUGGCCGCGGCGUUCGCUGCGCUGCUCCUGCACUUCGUCCCACCUGCCGCCCGCAAGCCCCUGCCGUCGUCGCCGUCGUCCUCCUCUUCCCUGUCGCUGAUUUCGUCGUCCCUUCCGUCGCCGGCGAGCGGCCGCGCCCGCGGCGCCCUGCUCGCCGUCGUCUUCUCGACGCACCUGUGCGUGGCCGCGCUGGCGUGCCUCGCCUUCGCGACGCGGCCGGCGAAGGCCGUCUUCCUCCUCGCCGUGCCGCGGGGAUUCCUCGUCGCCUGGGGCCUCGCGCUCGCCGGCGUUUGCCUGGCCACGGCGGCCUGCGGGCCCCUGGGCGGCGCCGGCCGGAGCGACCGCCGGCAGGCGUCGACAGCGAUCGGAGCGUGCUUCGCCGGCUCGUCGUGCCUGCUGAUGCUCGCGUGCUGCCUGCACGGCGCCGAGGCCGUCUUCGCGGUGCUGGGGGUCGGCGCGGGGCCCGGGGUGGGGCCGCCCCUGCUCGCCGCCCGUCUCGUGUGCGAGCUGUGCGCCGCGCUGGCGCUGUGCGCCGCGUCGUCGCUGUGGCUGCGUCGCGGACCCCGCCAGCAGGAUGAGGCGGAGAUGACGGACGAGGCGCGAAAGCGACGCGCGAAGCGGAACGGAAGACACUCGGCACCGUUGAAGCACGCGGACGUCAUGGGCGCCUCCUACGACAGCGUGAGGCCGGCGCUGGCGGGGGAGGCCCGGGAGUCGGCGCCGGAUCCUCCGAGCCCCCGGUGCGUGGCGGACGGCGUCGCGCUGGGGUCCGCCGUGAGGUUCAGCGUCGGGGACGAGCGAGUUCAGCUCCUCCAGGGCAACGGGGAGGAAGAAGUGGACGACGAGGUGGAAGGGGUGAUGCUCGGUGUGACCCCGGUUGACCGCAGCAGCGGCGGCGGCGGCGGCACCAGUAGCAGCAGCGAGAGCCAAGCGUGCAGCUGGCGCGACGCGGCGAUCGGGAGCGAAGACGACAACCAGAGCAGCCUUCGCGAGCUCACGCAGAGGACGAGGUACGGCAAUUUCGCCGGCGGCGGUGGCGGCGGCGGCGACUAUGAUGUGCCGAGCGGCGCCUUCCGAGCCGGCGAUUUCAUGUGGGACGACUUCAUCCGACCGCCGUCGCCGAUAAACCUGCAGGGGAGCAUCGACGAUGCGCUGUGGCGUCGCUCGCUCAUAGUCAGGAGCCUCUUCGAGGAGGAGGAGGAGGACGAUGAUAAUGAGAAGCGGGUGGCCAGGAAUGCGGGUGAAGAUGGAUAG